ACCGGAAGUGACGACGCCUCACAGGAUGAUACGCUCUGGGAAUGUUGAUGUUUUCCUGUGAGUCUGACUGAGUUCCAGAUGGAAUCCUUGAGGAGACGACUUGUUGUGUUCGUGAGGCCAACCACUCUGUUUCUUCAAAGUACGGAUACGUGCGGGCUGGAACCUUGGGGAAAGAAAGGAACAGGACGGAACCAAAGUUUUUCUGCUGGGAACACGGCUGCAGACUUUGAAAUUUGAGAGGGAGGACACGAGAGAGCGAGCGCUUAUCCCUGAUUGGUUCUUGGGUGUUGUCAAGGCUUUACGCAGGUUCUUCAAUUGGUUGGUAUUCGCAAUUGUCACCGCCGCGACAAUUUUUUGCCCACGUACUUCCGAACAAGAGGCAGGGCUGUGUUCUGUUACGCCUGCGCACGGCCUGGGCGGCCCCACCCGGUAGUUCAAGAACCUGUGAAGGGGCGGGGCGAAGAGGUACUUGUUUUGGUUGUGUUUCCUUUGAAGCUGAAUCCCGGAACAAGGUAGCAAUAAGCUUGGCUGGACUUGGAGAAAAGGCUACGACAAAUUCGUCUUUGUACCAUCCUAUUGGACUUCACAUCCGGGAUCUCCUCCGGGCGUGACCUGCGUACUGCCUACCGUUCUCGAACCGGUGUCCUGAUCCCUUUAUACAGGCCUUGCUGUUCCCAUCGUGCUUCGCGCACAACAGUAGCCCCCUCAUCCGGGUUCUCUCCCGGCGUUCUCAGCGUUUCGUUUGCUGUGGGGUACUUGCCCGUGCCGCCAUGCGGGGGCAGUCCGGAGCGUGAAGAGGUCGGAGCAGGCUACAACAGUGAAGACGAAUAUGAAGCUGCGGCAGCACGAAUCGAAGCCAUGGAUCCUGCCACUGUAGAGCAGCAGGAACACUGGUUUGAAAAGGCCUUACGGGACAAGAAAGGCUUCAUAAUCAAGCAGAUGAAGGAGGAUGGUGCUUGUCUAUUCCGGGCUGUAGCUGACCAGGUGUAUGGAGACCAGGAUAUGCACGAGGUUGUGCGAAAGCAUUGCAUGGACUAUCUGAUGAAGAAUGCUGACUACUUCUCCAACUAUGUCACCGAAGAUUUCACCACGUAUAUCAAUAGGAAGAGGAAAAACAACUGCCAUGGUAACCACAUUGAGAUGCAGGCUAUGGCAGAGAUGUACAACCGUCCUGUGGAGGUGUAUCAAUACAGCACAGAACCUAUCAACACAUUCCAUGGAAUUCACCAAAAUGAAGAUGAACCCAUCCGUGUCAGCUACCACCGGAAUAUCCACUAUAAUUCAGUGGUGAAUCCUAACAAGGCCACUAUUGGUGUGGGGCUGGGCCUGCCAUCAUUUAAACCAGGGUUUGCAGAGCAGUCCCUGAUGAAAAAUGCUAUAAAGACAUCAGAGGAAUCAUGGAUUGAACAACAAAUGUUGGAAGACAAGAAACGAGCUACAGACUGGGAGGCCACAAAUGAGGCCAUAGAGGAGCAGGUGGCUCGAGAAUCCUACCUACAGUGGCUGAGGGAUCAGGAGAAACAGGCCCGCCAGGUCCGGGGACCCAGCCAGCCCCGGAAAGCCAGUGCCACAUGCAGUUCAGCCACAGCAGCAGCCUCCAGUGGCCUGGAGGAAUGGACUAGUCGGUCUCCACGGCAACGAAGUUCAGCCUCGUCACCUGAGCACCCUGAACUGCAUGCUGAGCUAGGCAUUAAGCCCCCUUCCCCAGGCACUGUGUUAGCUCUUGCCAAACCUCCUUCACCCUGUGCACCAGGUACAAGCAGUCAGUUUUCGCCAGGGGCUGAUCGGGCCACCUCUCCUCUUGUGUCCCUCUACCCUGCUCUGGAGUGCCGGGCCCUCAUCCAGCAGAUGUCCCCCUCUGCCUUUGCAGGUCUGAAUGAUUGGGAUGAUGAUGAGAUCCUAGCAUCGGUGCUGGCAGUAUCCCAACAGGAAUACUUAGACAGUAUGAAGAAAAACAAAGUGCACAGAGAUCCACCCCCAGACAAAAGUUGAUGGAGACCCAGGGACUGGACAGCAUCCCUCGACCCCCACUCCUGCCCUUGAUGCCACCCAACCUUCUUUGGCUUUCUUCCCUCUUGGCUUCCUUCCUUUGUUUCCUAUUUUCCUUCUUUUCCACUUCCCUCUGGCUGGCCCACCCUUGCGCUCCAUCCAUCUCAUCCCUGCCACCAUCUGCCAGCUGAUGUGCCCUGUUGCCCCCUGCACAGCACCGUCUCAGCAUUCCACAGGGGACUCUGGAAAGGGUGCCGAAGGUAGGCGAGAGGCACACAGAGAUGGACCAUCUGGCAGCCCCAGAAGAGAGAUACUCAGACAAAGGAAGUCUACUGUUUAGCCUUCCUUACAGAUCAAUUAAACUUGUUAACCCCUCCCCUGACAGGAAAGGUGGAAGGGGAAAUUUUUCCUUCCUAAUAACCCAAGAAUCUGAGCCUUCCAUGUUAGAUUUUUCUUUAUUAAGACGUACUUUCAUCAUUUAAAAUCAACAAAUCGAAAACCAUGUCCUUGGCAACACUGACUCUCUGAGGAUGGCAUCUCCGUUUGGAGACCUGCAAGCUGGCCAUGGGGCAUGGUGGGCAGACAAAGAGAUGGAUUUCUACUGCCUUCUGACCUCCAACUCCUUGGAAGGGAAGAGGAUAUGAGCCAGAGGGAGGUGACAGGGGUUGCAGGUGGCAGACUGGCUUUGGACAAUGAGACCCUGACCUUGCUGCAUUCCUUUUGCUUCCACCACCACUAGUCUUUUUGGAAUCUUGAGGUGGAGGUAUCUUUGAAGAUCAUGGCCGCUACCCAAGAUUUGAGUUUAGGGAGUGGGAGCAGCCUUGGCAGAUGGGGCACCUGUGCCCUGCAGGUGUUGACAAGAUCCACCAUCUGUAAUGUCCUUGGCACAAUAAAACCAAAUGUCAGUUUCCCUGAGCAACUCUGUUCUGUGUGGGGCAGGGGUGGCUUGGCCUCUGGGAAGCAUGGAGUUUGGUUUGACCUGAGGUCUACUUGUUCUCCAGUAGGUGCUGUCUGUAGGUUGGGUUCAUCUUUGAUCUGUUUAUUAAAUGCACUUCUUGCUAGGUACAGUGUAGGUAGAGCCCAGGCGGUUGAAACUAACCUGAGCCACAUAACCAAGAUUCUUUUUCCUGGCAGAACCAGCAACAACAAAACUCUUCUAGGUGGAUCUAUGAGUUUCAGGCCAGCCUGAUCUACAUAGUAGAGUUGCAGGCCAGCCAGGCUACACAAUAAGACACUUUUCUCAAAAACCAUAGCAAACUUUUUCAGUAUUAAAUCUUUGCAGUUCCUACUCCCACCUACCAUAUUUUCCAAAUGGGAGCCUGAGAAUAAUUAAGGACUGUGUUUGAGCUGAAGACCAUGACUGAAUUUUGUUUGAAUUUCCACCCUCAACCUUAAUGUUCAUUUUUGUGAUAAUCUGAUGAAGAAAUAAACAAUUGAUAAUUAGCUACAAGAGUUUAGUGGCAGUGACCAGAGGUGACCCCUGCCUGACUGGGUUUUAGAAGCUGGAGAAUGAAAAGGCUAAAUCCUUUUUUUGUUGUUUCCAAAUUAUGUUGACAGCUCUGUUCAUCCCUCCUAGAGUUUUUAAAGCCCUGAUUGAGAAGGCUGGCUGACCCUCAGAUUUUCUCAAAACAGUGUUCCCCGCACCAUGCCUCAGUGGGGGUCCCACAGAUGAGGGUGUGAUUUGCCCAGUGGGUGGCUGCAGGGUAUCUGAAAUAAAUGGUCAAGCAUGAGCACGCCAAGAGGGUUGAUUUUAAAAUCUGCAUUUUCUAGCUGUGUGGCUUUGGGCUCUCUUUGAGUUUAAAGUGCCCCAUCUGCAACUGCAGGGGUGAUUUAAUGUCUGCUACCUCAUGCUCUCUGAUUUGUGAGUAUUGACAGAGAAUGUGUAUGGUCAAUAAUGUACUACUAGGAACAGUACCUGGUACAUUCUUAGAGCACAAAUGUUGGGGUUAUUACCAGACUUAGGGGUGGGGGUAUUAUCGUAUUUUGUAAGUUUGUACCAUUUGGCCUCAGCCUGCCUCUUGCUACUCCUGGCUUUUACUUGCAAUUUGCCCUAACCCUAUCUUCAGCUACCAACCUUAUUUGUCUUUUAAGACAGAGGGAUCACCUGAGAAAAGCCUGCGUGAUCCCAUUCACAUUCUCACUUCUGUCUACAACUAUCCCCAAUAACUGUACUACAAAUAAACUUCUGGGCUGGG